AUGCCUCAUGGCUCUUCCGAACCGCCAUCAAUACCAACCUCUAACAACAUCAAUAUUACUAACGCCUCGCCGCCACCCAACUCCUCCCUGGCGGUCCAGAGGUUCAACCUACCCAUCGACAACGACGCUACCAUGAAGAAGACCAAAGUCUUCGGACCGGCCUCCCCUACCACCGCGAGGCCGAGAACGGGCCACCAGAGCAUCCGGGGCCUGAGAAUAUCAGGUCCCAUCCCUCUUUCAAGCACAAACACCAUAGAGGACGACGAAUUCCCAAUAAGAAACCCAGGGACCGGUAUCGCAAGUGCAACGCCGCUGGACAGUGAGCUCGUCCCGCAGCACCCACCGCAGCACCCACCGCAACACCCACCGCAACAGGCCCUCGCCUCGCCCGUGACACAAGCCUUCGUUCCUGUCGCACAGUCUGCCGCGACGCCGAUCCGUACGGACACAGUCGACGUUCCACAGACUGUUCCGGAGCACCCCGGUUCGCCGUCGCCACACCCGUACUCUCAGCCGCACGCAUCGUCCGGGCCAAGCCCCGAGGGCGGCGCCUCAUCCGGCGCAUCGGCCGCGAGGAGCUCUCCUGCACGGUACCAGCGAACAAACCCGUCCACCAACACACGUUUCUCGACCCUGAGCAUCAAUUCUGGCAAGACGGGCGACACAUCUGGUCACGAUGUCUCGAACAGCCCACCCCAGCGCAAGAAGUCGACGCUGCGCUCCGCGCUCAGCAAGUUCCUGAGGCGGAAGAAGAAGGAUGGCAGUUUGAGCUCUGUCAGCGAGACCGAUCGCCAGUCUGCCCUCGGUGGUGGACCACCACAACAUCGCAGUGUUCCACCGGCUGCGAGACUUGAUUCUGCGCAGAAUAAUGAACCCGCGAAGCGCGUGGCGUCUAUGCCCGUCAACGAGUUCGACCGGGCCCUGCGAUCACAUUCGGUAGGCCCAGAUGACAUAACAGCCAUAGAGAGCGCGCGGAAUUCCUUGUCGUUCGAUGCCCUAGGCUCAUCGCCAAAUCGACGGCGAGCGACCACGGCUACCAACAGCAAACUAUUUCUCAUGACGGGUCCCGGCCCACGGAGUCGAGGAGAGGAAUGGGCCGGCUUGUCGCCCCGGCCGGCAAGCACGCACGCCCGAGGGAGUCGCUUCACCGAGGACGAUCCCGAGGAGAUCGGCCGGGCGCUUACCAGUGACACUGGCGGCGAAAAUGGGCAUAAGCGCCGCUCGCGGUCUCUGUCGCAGCUGUACGAGGUGGCGCAAGAGCAAAAAGAAUCCCGACGCCGCAGCCGUAGCGAUGAGAUCCGCUUCUGGAGAGAAAGCUACGAUGUACCGGGGCCACUGUCGCCGCUCUCAUCGAACCCCAACGAGAACGAGACGGAUAUUGGCAACGAAGACCAGUUCGAUCAUGGGCGGGCGUCCAUGAGCAUAGCGGAGUCGCAGGCGGCUGAUAGGGCGCCAAAGACACCGCCGCAACCUUUCAAUUUCGGGACGUUGUCUUCCAUGAAUGAGAUGGCCGGCAUGAAAAUCACGCAGGCCGCAACUCUGGAUGAGAGAUUCGGUUGCCUUGAGUCUCGCGUGUAUAGGCUAGAGCGGGUGGUCAAUCAACUGUGCCACUCGGUACCAGGGUUCAAGGGGCCUCUCAUGGAGGUCAACAGUGGGGCCGGGAAUCGCGGCGGGCUCCAACGUUCGGGCUCUGGGGCAGCGUCUGGAUCUGGUGUUCACCGAGUUCCCUCGAACCACCCUACGUACGCAUACAGCAAUGUCGUACCGCCCAUGAUUCCCUCCAUCUACCAGACCAACAGCCGCGACACCGGGUUGCCACCAUCCUCUCGGCGGUCGGUGGACACGGCGGACGACAAUACUUCCUCCCGCAUGUCCUUUGGUGAGGGACGGACUUAUAUCGACUCCCUGCAUCCUCCUUCCUCCUCUGCAACGCAGAACCAGUCCACCAUUGGUGUCCCAGCGCCUCAGGGCCCUGGGCUUCUCAGGCCAACUUCUGAGUCCACUGUCCGCCCCGCAACUAGCAUGCCAUCACUAGGACCGCGAGCAUCUCAAUCCAGCAGCGAAGAUUACCCACAAAAUAGCGCUGCUCUCGUGGCGCAGCUCGAGAACGAACGGGCCGCUCGGCAAGCCCUCGAGGACCAGGUGCGCAAGCUAUCGGAGCGCAUGAACAACCUGUCGUCCACGAUGUUCGCCAUGGUGCGAGACCCAGCAAAGUCCAAGUCGAGCGAGCGCUUGCGGCCACAAACCGCGACGUCGGCCGCCCCCACCAAUGCCACGCACUUGGCGCCCAUCUCGGUCAAUACGAGGGGGGCGGCCCCUACCGUGGACCCGUCGAGCAAGGCGCAGAGUAUCUUUGGCAAAGACAGCCGCUUUAGCAGCGUCACCAACUCCCCCGCGGUGGAGACCGCCGACGACGAGUUCUCCGAGGCGUUCCAGACACCGAGGGAGCAGCCCGGUGCGACCCCCAACCUGCAGCAGUACGAGCCGUUCGGGGGCGUAGACGAGUUUGGUGGCGUUGCGGCCCAGUAUCCCGAAGAGGGAGACGAGGAUGAGGCCGACCUGAAGAGGAAGAAGGCAGCCAGGACGCUGAGCCUGAGCCAGCUGACCAUGGGCAAGGGCCUGCCGACGAGGAUCUGA